GGUUGAAGCUGUUGGGCGGCGCUACAACGAGUGACACAGCAGCCGCCAAAAUCAAAUAGCCACAACUUGUGAUUAUCGUCUUCGGUGAAACUACAUUAUUUAACACUAAAUAGAGAGUUGGGAAACAUGGAGGGAGCGACUGCGAAAGGUGUUUUGAGUCACCUGAGUCUGCUGGAAGUUCAGGCAAGAAGCCGCAAAACUCAACCGCAGCAGUCGAGUCGUGCGAAGGAGCUAAAGGCUAGAAGAGAAGCGCUGAUGACCCAGAGAGACCAGCUGAGGGCAGAGAUACAGACACACAAGAAUCUACAGAAACUGAGGGCAUCUAUGGACAAACAGCAUCCACAUGAGGAAGAGGGGGAAAUGGAUGAAGACUCAGAGAACUCGCAACUACUGCGGCUGAUGGCCAGACAUACACAACUGAAAGACCUCCUAUAUGCUCAUCACAUCAUUGGUGGUUACAAUGUCAUAAAGACUCGUCAAGGUAAAGGACUGUGCGUGUCUCUGGCAACGGCCUACGAGGGCGUCUACUUAGAAACCUACAACCUAGAGAUGGACCUGAAGCCAACGCUGAGAAUCAGUCGUCACAACAUUCCCCCGUUCAUUCCCUUGAACAGGCUGGCUGAACAGAACAACAUGCAGAAAGACAUGAGGAUGUUUCUGGAUACCCUCAACCAACAUCUCAACGCCUUUGCCGGUCGCAAGCAGCAGUUGAAGUUUGUGAAGGAACUCCAUACGUCCGUGGAAGUGAUGGAGAGCAAUGCUUUGUGUUCAAUAUUGGUGAUGAUGUUCACUGUGCCUAGAGAGAAGACGCCUGUUCUCUGCACGCUUGACUACACCGACCACACCAGAUGUCUUCCCACACGGGUCCACUUUGACUGUGAAGACAAGGAGCUCUCUCAUUCUCCAGAGUGGAAGAAAAACUGCAGCCUACUCCAGCAGACUCCUGUGCACAAAGCUUUGAUAACCAUGAGGAAGAUGGGGAAUAUUGUGUAAAAUAGUGAGACUGGGGGGGGGGAGGUGUACAUUCCCAUUGUUUAUAAUAAAACUUUUUUUCUUAAUGUUGAGGUAUUAAACUGCAAAUAGAAACUGUCGAGUUUCUCUAUGGGGGUUCCACAAGGAUUUGCAUGGUGCUUUUGUCCUUGAGUUGUUCUACGAAUGCCGCCACCCUGCUGUGUAAAGUUUCACUCUGAAACUGUCUCAGCCGCUCCAUUUCCUCUCGGGCUUUCUGCUGUUGCCUGGCCAGCUCUUUUUCUGAGAUUGAGUCAAUAGUCGCAAUGUUUUUCAUUUGCAUGAGAGAAAGGCUGCUCUGGAUGUUGCCCCUGUGUCUCACUGAGCUGGUGGGUUUGACUGAUGGCAGUGGUGCUGAUGUCGACCGACUCUGUUCCACCAGUUCUGAUCCUUUGUCGUAAUACUGGGAUUUGCUGGAAUACAAUCUCCUGCCAUGAGAGGUUUUAAUAUCUCUAAAGUGUGUCUCUGCAUUAUUGUGCUCUCCGAUUUCUUUCAUAGCGAUGUUGACCGUAGCUUUAGGCUCACAGACUUUUACCAUCACAACUCUUCUCUGUUCAUUUAUCAGCAAGUCUCUUCUUUGUUGAAGCAUUUUGCAAGUGUACCUGUACUGUUUGUCCAGCAUGUUUAGUUUAUGCUGGAGAUCCCUGUCCUCCUUUUGGUUCAACACUCUCAGAUCUCUCUGCAGCACACCAGCUCUUCUGAGACUUUCAUCCAUUAUAUACAAAGGCUUGAGAGAGAAAUAUGUUUUUGAGUACAUUUCUUUCUCCAAUUUAGUCACUUUUUCUUUAAAUUAAAGCGACAAAUGUCAUUUGCCUACCUGAUUUGUGUGCAAAGUCCCCCAGAGCGAUGUGUUACACAGGUGUUUGCUGCUAUGGCUGCAAUAUAAAAGCCUAUUAUAUUAGAAGUAAAGUGGUUGGGGCUGUUAGUCAUUGUGUACUGUCACAUUUCCUAGAGAUUCAAUUUCAAGGUGGUGUGCAGUCACCGGGCUUCUCGCAACUUGUGCAAAUUAACCAAUGACAAUGACUCCCUUUGUGAAAAGUACUUCCAUCACGUGUUUUGUCUCAUGUUAUGGAGGUCUAGUGCUUUGGGGAAGAAUGAAUAAAGAAUUACUUUCUCACAUGAA